CAGCUUGCUAUAUGUGCUUGUGUGAUGAUAAUGGGAUGAAGUGAUGUGCCUGUUGUGAACUCUGUGACCAUCCAGUGAGUGUGCAUGAGAGUCCAAGCCCCAAUAAGUCAGUGAUCUCUAUUCAGGCUUACACAUGUGUGUGUGUGUGUGCCUUGAGGUGGUGAUGGUCGUCAUGGAACAAAAAAAACAAAAAUAAAGUGAAAGAAACGAAAGGAGUUUCCCAGACUGGGAAAUGGAGGACUGCUGCUGAUGCGUGCGCACAGCAGACGGUGUUUUCGGCUCAGUGGGAGGGAAGGAACCGGUGCAGGGAUUGCCCUCUCCCACUCACCUCUUUUUUCUUUCCUUUCCUUUCCUCUCUUUCUUUCUCUCCUUUCUUUAUUUUCCACCUAUAUUCCACAUCGUUGGCAACGCUGUCGCUGCUGCUGAACAUUUCGACGGUUUCGGCUUGAUGAUGACAAUCUCUUGCUGCUUAUGUGGGAGAGGGUCGAUUAUUCCCGUGUGUGUUGUCUGCUAACCCCUUGCAAGCCCCGAGUCAGUCUUCGCUAUGGAAGUUCCUCUUGCCCCGCGAAUUUCGUUUUCCGUAGUGCAGUGCGCUUUAUAAUCCCCGGCAAGCGAUUACACAGUGUUCAGAACAGAACGCUUUCCCGAGUGUCGAACAGGUGUCGCGUCUGUCUCGAAACUCGCUCGCUGACCUGCUGCUGAUGGCUAUGGCUUCUUGCUAUGGGUGAACAUCAUUUUUUGGACUGCUGGAAAAGGAUUCAUGCGGAGUGCAGUGAUGAAGAGAUUCGUGACGAUUGUGGUGAAUGAUUCUUGCUCCGCGUGGAUUGUGAUGACUUUCUAUCGAUAAUGGAGAAGGUCCAGACUCUGAAUCCGAGGAAGAGAGAACUGCUUGAAGCUCGUUUCAUGGACACCCCAGGCCCGUUGAUGCGGAUGCCGGAGAGGCAAAGCGCGUUCGGUCACACGGGAGUGGGUCAUUCAGCGAGCAACGGAGCAUCCGGACAAGCGUCGCACUACCAGACAUUCAAACCGGAAGUACACGCUCAGUCGCAGCCUCCUUGCAACCAACUCCGGAAUAUCUUGCACACUGCCGGUGGUGGUGGUGGUGGUGACACGCCUGUGGUGCUCAACAACGGGGAUGGGUCCAGGAGUCUCAGCGGAGGCUCUGUUGGAGAAAUGUGUGAUUUGGUGGAGUUGAGCCAGAAUGUGAUGAAGACCCCGAUUGAGCGGAAGCGCAAGAGGACCGACAGCAACGUGUCUCGGGACCGGAGCGCCGAGAGGAAGGGCCAGUUUUCGAAAAGUCAGCAGAAGGCGGCCAGGGCGGCGGCGUCGGCGAACGAACCCCGAUGCUCCUCGCCGUCUCGUCGACAAGGAAAGCUCAACAGUCCUUCGCCUCCGGGACAACUCAGUUUUCAAUUGGUGAUUAUUGAUUACGUGAAUUCCGUGAAAGACGUGUGGUGGUUCCCGCCGAGUCCGAGCAGUUUGCUGACGUCUCCGAUGGGGUCUUCGGACGGGUCCGUGAUGUUGCCUCGGUUCGAAUCGCCUUCGUCCUGUGAGCAGAACAACUUUCUGCGAAUGCCAAUAACUAUCAAUACGAGUGUCGCUGCCCCGAGUCAGACUCUCUUGAAUGCCUCUUCGUCUUCCACAUCCACUCGCACUUGCGCUACUCAGACGGAUUUGACGGGGAAAAUGAUGAGCGAAGUUGAGGCGCAGCAGAACUCGUCGCUGGAGGAGAAAAAUCAUGUGAUCGAAGACCUGAAAAGGAUUAGGGAAAUGCCUUUUCAUUUUGAAAAUCAUGUGAUCGAAGACCUGGAAAGGGAGAAGGAUGAAAUGGACAAGAAGCUGUCGGCGUUGAACAAGGCCGGCGAGCUGCACAAGAGCCAAGUGACCAAAUGCGUGGACGUUGUCAAGAAGCUGUUGGUGGAGAAGUCCACGAUUGAGAAGAAGGAGAUUCGCCAAAAGUGCAUGCAAAACCGCCUGCGACUCGGCCAAUUCGUGACGCAACGAGUCGGAGCGAGUUACCAGGAAAACUGGCAAGACGGCUACGCCUUUCAAGACCUGGCCAAGAAGCAGGAAAGCACGCAACAGUUGCGCGAGAGCAUCGAACGACUGCGGAAAAACUUGGCCAAGAAGAAGGAGGGGGCGUCGUUGAGGAAGAAGCCUACCGGCGGUAGUGGCGGCACUAUUGUUGGUGGUGGCGGCGGCGGCGGCGGUGGAGGAGGUGGCAGUGGCAGUGCUACUACUGCUGCCGUUGGCGGUGGUGCUGGUGGCACUGGAGGCGCCACGAAUUCCGGAUGGGCGGCUCAGAUCGCAUCUGGUUCCAAUUCGAAUGACUCGUUUUUGAAGCCGGAUGCUCCGGUGAAGGAGAGUGGGUUAACUGCGCAAGAGCAUUACGAGCAGGAUGAAAUCCUCAAG